UAAAAAGACAAAUUUUAGAAAGUCUCCCUAAAUUUAGUCUCAAAAACAUAAAAUUUGAAGCAAGUUCAUCUUCCUAAAAUCAUGUUAAGACACAACAACACCAGCACGCUGCUGUGCGAGGAGCAAUCAAAGUUUAUCCUGGACCGCAUCAGCACGGUAGAGAAGCACUUUGGCGAGCUUUGCGGAGCUUUUGCCGAGUUCACGCGUAAGCUGGCCCGGCUGCGGGACAAAUCCGACGAGCUGGCCCACGUAACACAGGACUACUCGGGCUCGGAGAAGUACAACAAAUCGCUCGCCACCGGGCUGUCCAGCCUGUCGAAGGCCAUCACGCUGAUCGGGGACUUCCAGGACCUGGAGGUGAAGCGGUUGGAGAACCGGAUCGUUUCCGAGCUGUCCCAGUACGAAAUCGUGUGCAAACACUGCAAGGACAGCGUCAAGGAUGCCAUCGUGGUGCGGGACAAGGAACUGGCCAAGCGCAAGCAGCUGGACCAGGCCAGAGCGCGGAACAACCGGGGCAAGAAGACGGCCAAGGAUGCCGAGCUGAUGAAGUCCAACCUGGAGGUGACCAAGAGUCUUAAAGAAAUGGAGGAAAUCGUGUCCAAGUUCGAGAAGCAGAAGCUGCUGGACUUGAAGAACCUGCUGAUGGACUUUGUCAUGAUCGAGCUGAAGUUUCACAGCAACGCCAUUGAGGUUCUGUCCGCCACCUAUCAGGACAUAUCCGACAUUGACGAAAACCGUGACUAUCAGGGAGUUCACAAGGAGCUUAAGAGACAGAACAGGCAAUUCAAAAAAUACCUCCAACAGGACGAACUUUCCGAGCGAUACUUCCUUCAGCGCAUCAAGUCCCAGUCCAUGGGCGCGCUAAGUUCGAUGUUUGCGGCCACCGGCAGCUCCGGCGGAGGCCGACGCAACAAGAGUUUGAGCUCAAACUCGCUCAACUCGUCCCAGGAGCAGGAGGAGGAGGCUAGUGUACCGCCGAAGGACCCGUUGCAGAUAUUGGCCAGCGGAAGCAAGCACAAGGGAGGAAGUAGCGGUGGCGGCGUUGGCAAGCGGGGCAAAUCGCUGCGGCGGUCGACGGAUUCGCUGGAUUCUCCCAAACGUGACCUAUCGGAAGAUUCAAACACUUCCACCGACGAUAGCGACAGCGACACCGAGACCGACAGUGGAACCGAUGAUUCCGUCGAGAAGCCGUCCCAGAAGAAGCAGCAGCAGACAAAACCGACCAAGGUUGAUCCCAAGUUUACCAUUAUUAAGCUGAAAGAUUACAACAAUUGA